UACACAUAUACGCGCGCAUGCACACACAGUUCAAAUCACGUGACACUAUUAGCCGACAUAAGUGAAAGGGGGAAAAAGACGACUGGCAGCACAAUGAUAGCGUUGCUUGACAAAUUGCCACCUGAAGAAUGUCCUAAACUCAUACACAGGGUUGUGGAUGGAUUGUGCGGGCGGAGUGGUCCAAGGCGAACAGAAUAUAGUGACAGGUGGAAUCUGACAGAAUGGAUGGAGUUAAUGAAAAGUAUCUCCUCUAUCAUCCGGUUUGCUGUGGGGAGGGGCUGCUCAGAUCAAGAGGUUCAGCAACUGCUGAGUGAUUUGAACAAAGCACGUGCAGAGGCCGUUCUGCAGUGUGUGUGGUCCAGGUUUGAUGAGAUCAGACAUGCUUUGGUGGACAGAACCAAUGCCAUAUCUAGCACUCAGCUACAGGACUUUAACUGGCAGUUAAAGCUAGUAUUAUGUAGCGAUAAGCUGUCGGCUCUCAAUACUCCUCUGCUAAAUCUCAGUCUGGACCUAAAAGAGAAUGGAAUUCAGAGAUCGAUAAACAUAGAAAUGAACAAAGAGGAGCUACAAACACUCAUCAGUGCACUAGAGGCAGCCAAUAAGGUUGUGCUGCAGUUGAAAUGAAGAGAUCACCAGUACAUUUCUCUACUUACUGUACAAACAUGGUUUGGUGCCAUCUUAGCUUCAGAGAGGAAUUCUAAUGUCUCCAUAAUGAGACAAUGCCUGUAUGCAGGCAAGCAUGAAUCUUAUAGACAGAACCUGAACUGAAAACCUUACUGCCUCUACAUUUGAGGCAUUCAGGCAGAGCUCAACAGUCUGGAUGUGAAUAUUAUUGUUUCCUGGGUGAAAUCCAUUAUAAUGGGCUUAGAGUUGACUUGUUGGAGGUGCCUGAUUAAUGAGACUGGUCUGAUGUAGAGGCACAAUAAAGCUAAGGGCCUGAGUACACAUGUAUAUGUUAAUUUCCCCAUGGACUUUUUUUGAACAAAUGCAAAUAGCUUUUGGUUUCAUUUGAUGGAUGCAUUUUUAUAUCAAGUAACUAAAAACAUUAAAGCCAAAAUGCAAAAAGUGUGUUCUUCACUUUUUUAGCAGAAUAAUUAAUAGAAAGGCAGAAAUCCCCAACACUUGUUUCAUGCUAUCAUGUGACAUGGCUCACAUGUAAUCCUGAUUAAUAAGGUCAAAACUUAGGUGCCCGGUCUGCACACUAAGUGUGUAAAAUCAAGUUCUCUUAAUUUUUUUUCUUGUAGUAUGAAUGGAGUUUUGUCUUUAUUAUUGUUCAAUGGCCCCAUUAGUCCCAUUCCCAGGACAGCCAAGGCAAUCAGUGUGUGAAAACAAUUAACCCUCAAUAAAAGUUACACACAACA